AUGGCUGACUUAAGUGUUGAUAUAUCAAAGUUGCCGGAUGAAAUAAGAGAUAAGUUAGCAGAGUUGGAUUUGGAGCUAUCCGAAGGUGACAUUACACAAAAAGGAUAUGAGAAGAAACGCACACGACUUCUUUCGCCCUAUGCCGCUCAGCAGCAGCCUCAAGCAGGCAAUCAGCCACCGCGUGGACCCCGCGGCGACGGCGGUUCCAGCCGACAACAUACAAGAAAUCGCCGGACACAUCGCAGGGUCACGCACAAUGAGAAGAGAUACCAUUCAGGUAUC